CAGUGGCUCCACAGUAGGCUUCAGUGCAAGAGAGAGGGCGGGAGAGAACCGGACACAUAAUGUGGAUACAAUCGAUAUUCCUGCGAGCAGUGACCAUUUUGUUGGUUGGUUGGCUGGGACACGUCAUCUGCCAGUCGGAUGAGUCUCAUCUGCUGCUGUCGUCUGGCCAGACAGGCGGCGAGGGAGCACCAGCCAAAGCCGAGUUUCCCGUCUGGGAUGAUGCGCAGGGCGAGUGGCCAGGUGUGGCGGAUCAGUGAGUCUAGCACCAAAAAUACUUUCGCUUGUUUGCAGCGUAAAAGUAUGCAACAUUGUUGGGCCACUCAGCGUCUUUUCACAAUUUCAUAGCAUACUUAUUGGAGAAAUAAAAUGUGGAAAAA